ACCUGAGGUAACCAAACUCUAUCCCUUCUUGAGUUUGUCUAAGUUCUCAGUCAUGCACUCAACUCAUGUCAUGUGCAGCUUAUAGUUCAUCAUUUUUCAACACAGCCAAAUAUAAUAAUAAUACUAGUACUAUUAAGCAUUUUCAAUACAAAUCUAAACUUCAACCGAGUCCAAGCUGACACUAUGAUCUUUUUUUGCGCUUCUACCUUUGUUUGUAUGUUGUACCUUAUUAAAAGCUCAGCCAGAGUGGCUUUUUCUGUACCCCUUUUCUUUGGAAGAGUGUCAAACUUUACUACUACACUGAAAAGUGGAGCAAAGCUUUAUUUAAGAACUGGGUUUUGUUCAAAUUUGAAUUUUUAUUAAUCCUUCCAUAUGUUUUGGCUUUGGUGGGUUUAGGAAAAAGUGAAAACGAGAGCUUGAUAUUCUGAAGGGGAGGGAGCUGGGAAUAUAAUUUGUGAUGGCUGGAUCAGAAUGGUGGAGAUCAAGAUUGAUUGAAAUGGUUUUGAUUGGUUUUCUGCUUAUAGCUCCUGUUUUGGUUUCUGCAAAAGGAAGUGUAGAGCUAGAAGAUUCAAGGAACAAUGUAAAAGAAGAGGUUGAGACUGGUUUUGUUAUGAAAGUAUUGAAUUUCUUAUGGCAACAGGGUCGAUUGGGUUACACACAUGUUUGGCCGGAAAUGGAAUUUGGCUGGAAAAUUGUGGUUGGGACCAUAAUAGGAUUCUUGGGAGCAGCCUUUGGAAGCGUGGGAGGCGUUGGCGGUGGUGGCAUUUUUGUUCCUAUGCUCACCCUGAUUAUCGGGUUUGAUGAGAAAUCAUCAACAGCAAUGUCUAAAUGUAUGAUCAUGGGUGCAGCUGCUUCAAGUGUUUUCUAUAAUUUAAGGCAAAGGCAUCCCACACUUGAUCUGCCUGUCAUUGACUAUGACCUUGCACUUCUGUUUCAACCGAUGUUGAUGCUGGGGAUCAGUAUUGGAGUUGUUUUUAAUGUGGUUUUUGCUGACUGGAUGAUCACGGUCUUGUUAAUCAUCAUUUUCCUUUUUACUUCAACUAAGGCAUUCCUUAAGGGUGUUGAAACAUGGAAAAAGGAAACCAUAGUUAAAGAGGAAGCUGCUCGACGCUUGGAAAAAAGUGGUAAUGGUAUUGAAGAGGUCGAAUACACUCCUUUACCGGGAGGCCCAAGCAAUAACACUCCUUCAGAGACCAAGCAAUCUGAAAAGUCAGGGGUGUCUAUGCUUGACAAUAUUUACUGGAAGGAAGUUGGAGUUCUUUUUGCUGUCUGGGUCAUAAUCCUUGCACUGGAGAUUGCUAAGAAUUACACAUCUACUUGUUCAGUGGGAUAUUGGGUACUAAACUUAUUACAGAUUCCAGUAACAUUUGGAGUGAGUGCAUAUGAAGCUGUUAACCUAUACAAAGGAAAGAGAGUGAUUGCAUCAAAGGGAGAAAGCGGCACAAAUUGGAAAGUCUUCCAGCUGGUUCUUUAUUGUUGUUGUGGCAUAUUAGCUGGUUUAGUCGGGGGGUUGCUUGGUCUUGGAGGAGGAUUCAUUUUGGGUCCACUUUUUCUGGAGUUGGGAAUCCCCCCUCAGGUAUCAAGUGCCACAGCCACCUUUGCCAUGACAUUUUCCUCAUCCAUGUCUGUCGUAGAAUAUUACCUUCUAAAACGUUUUCCAGUUCCUUAUGCUCUCUACUUUAUUCUUGUUGCGACCAUUGCUGCCCUUGUAGGACAACAUUUGGUAAGAAAGGUGAUCGCUAUAUUAGGGAGAUCAUCUUUGAUCAUCUUCAUCCUGGCUGCCACAAUUUUUAUCAGUGCUAUAUCACUAGGUGGGGUGGGAAUAGUAAACAUGAUUGAAAGUAUUGAGCAGAAGGACUAUAUGGGAUUUGAAAACCUCUGCACAUACGAAGCAUAAUGUAGAAAGUUUUUCCUUUUGACUUUCACAUUCUAAAAUUUUUAGGGGAUGCAUUUCUCUCCUUUAGCUUCAAAGUUGUUCCUAUACUCAGGAAUCUAAUUUUGGGUUCCUGAUAAGUAAUAAAUGGGACUUGAUGCUGAACAUUUCAUAGUUAAGCUCCAUUGUUGUGCUUUGUAUUUUACAAUUUUUUUCAGGAUAGUUGGACAGAUGGUUCUCAUGUUUUGCACCCACUGAUCUGGUUAAAAAAUUUGUCCAAAGGGCUGAGACAGGAGCUGUUAUGAAAUGUUUAGCCCCAGCACCUGAGGACCGAACAUCCUUUCUAUAAGAAGUUGUAAUUUUUGAACUUGAACUAUAAUGCUUGCAAGGUUCUGAGAAUCUAA